CAUAUAUGAAACGGUGCGGUGUAGUGAAAAGUCCGAUAUAUAAGAAGGGGCCAGACACUUGGCAUUUUGUGGCAGUGCGACAACGUUUUAGCUAGACAAGCCCAGAGAAGACACAUGUUUACGCUCGUGUUGUUUACAUUGGUGGCGGGGACGCUCGCAAACCAUCAGCUUCACGUGCACAAUAGAUGUGGUUAUGAAGUCUGGGUCGGUAUUCUUGGAAACCCGUUACCCGACGGAGGUGGAUACAAACUAGCCGCAGGGGCGAGUCAUACGACGACUGUCACAAAUCACUGGUCAGGGCGUUUUUGGGGACGCACCCACUGCUCAGGGAACCACUGCCAGACUGGGAACUGUGGACAUGGCCCUCAAUGUAGUGGAGCUGGUGGUGCCCCUCCAGCAACCCUUGCGGAAAUCACGUUCGACGCUGGUGGAAGCAAUAACCAGGACUUUUAUGACAUCAGUUUGGUUGACGGGUAUAAUCUGCCGAUGUCCAUGCAGCCAAUAAACGGGUAUUCAGGAAGUCCUACUUCACGUUACUGUGCAAGGGCGGGAUGCAACUCGGAUCUGAACCACAGCUGCCCUCCAGAAUUGCAGGUGCACGGUACUGGGGGCGUUAUUGCGUGUGAAAGUGCAUGCAAUAAAUUCCACAAUCCUGAGUACUGCUGCAGUGGUGCCCACAAUGUACCAUCGACCUGUCCACCUUUCCACUACUCCCAGAUCUUCAAAUCAGCUUGCCCGAAUGCAUACAGCUACGCGUAUGACGAUCAAACGUCGACAUUUACCUGUAAUGGCGUUGGGACUGGAAGUACCAACUACGAUAUCACAUUCUGUGGCUAAUGUAUUGCUUUCGUUUUACAUUUUACAUUUUAAUAAAGCGCAUGCAUACAAAA